GGUGCUAUGCCAUCACGCCCGCAACGUGCGGGGAGCACGGCCGUUACAGUUCAUGCGCUACGUUGGAGAUGCGCCGUCAGAGCUGAAGAGGAUCGAAGAGCUCUAUUCCUUGUUGCGGCUUUGGGGUGGGCCCAAGUCAAGGCUUUGCUAUGUGGCUAUGCUCCAGAAGCCAGUGCCAAAAUAUCCUAGCACAACCCCACCUCUGAACCUAGCUGGUCGCAGCAGCCGUAUGGGCCUUCCUGGCUUGUCCGCAGCGAGUUUGAAGCGGGGGCAUCUUUUUCGCCACGCAGAGCACUCCGAGGUGCUUUUUUACUUUGUUGGAGGCCACGUUGAUGUUAUGGACUUCAGUCCCAUCCGAGAGGCCCUUCGCUUCAAUGUCUACGAUCAGGCUGGACUCUUGCUGGACUGCCCUGUUGUCACCACGAAGGAGUUGCUCGAAAUUGUGCAACCCUUCAAGGAUCCUUACACCAACAAGUCCCAAACCUGCACCCGAACUUGGCUGGAGAGACCGGCUGGAAGCGAGAAGGAGGUUGCCUUCGGAUUUUUCCCAGAUUGCCGCAGGGCUCAGGAGCUCAACCAGGGCCGCUCCAUCAAUGAUGUGCUGCGCAAGGCAGUCGCGCGCCAGGAUCUUGCGUCACCUGUGCGUAGCUGCCUGAGCAAGAAGCUCGCGUUGAUGAGGAGAUCAGUGCUGAAGUGAAGAGAGCUGCAG